CCCGCAGCCUGCCCAGCCAUGGCAGCCUCGCUGAGCCGCCCCUGCUUCAUCUCCCUCCACGUGCCCUACAGGCAGGGCUGGGCCCAGGACCUGGCCACCACCUUUCGCUUCCAGCCGGUGGCCGUGCGGGAAACACCGCGGGUCCGGCAGCUGGCCUUGCAACGGGGAUCCACCACCUUCCUCAUCAACAAGCGCCUGGCGCCGGCGCCCGCCAGUGCCCCUCCUCCUGAUUUCCUCUACGACGUGGACCCCCGGCCCGCUUUUGGCACGGCCUCCAACGUCUGCUUUGAGGUGGAUGACGUGCCAGGGCUCUGCAAGCGGCUGCAAAGCCAGGGAUGCUCUCUGCCAGUGCCCCCCACCGAGGUGAGGGAUGAUGGCGGCUCUGUCACCUACGGGGUGGCGAGCUCCAUCGUGGGUAACGUCAGCCAUACCCUUCUGGACCGAUCCCGCUACCGGGGACCCUUCCUGCCCGGCUUCCAGCCCAUCCAAGGAGCCCCCUCGGCCGCGGGAGAUGGGAUUGAGAUCACCCACUUCGACCACAUCACGUACGUCUGCCCGCGGGGCGGCGCCCAGGCAGCUCUGGACUGGUACCAGCGCUGCUUUGGCUUCCGCCGCUUCCUGCUGAACCCGCGGGAGAGGCCGGCCGAGGGGUACGUGGUUGGCGGGCAGGGCAUGGGCAUGCUGCUCCUCGCGCUGCAGAGCGCCCAAGGCGCCCUGGCACACGGCUGCAAGCUCAUCCUUGCCGAGUCCCUCUCGAAGGAUGGUGCCAACCAAGUCGACACGUUCCUAGAGCAGCACGGUGGGGCUGGGAUCCAGCACGUCGGCCUCCGCACCACCGAUAUCGUUGCCACGACCAGGGCUUUGCAGCAGGGGGGUGCGCGGUUCUUCAUGCCCCCCGACGCCUAUUACAGCCAGGGGGGCAAAUCAGAGGAGAUCCAGGGAGCCGGGCAGGACCCCUGCACACUGGCAGAGCUGGGCAUCCUGCUGGACACCACGGCGCCCGGGGACAAGGGCCGGCCGGGCGCUGAUGCCACAGAGAGCCCUUCCCAGGAGUAUUUGAUGCAGAUCUUCACCCAUCCCAUCUUCUCUGAGGAGACCUUCUUCCUAGAGCUCAUUGACCGGCGGGGAGCACCGGGCUUCGGGGAAGGCAAUAUACAGGCACUGUGGAAAGCUGUGCAGGUCUAUAUGGACCAGCAGCAGUAGUGGCAACACUGCAAUCCUCCUCCCUCAGCUGCUCAUCCUCUCCAGUCCAACCCUGGGGCAAUACACCACUGUAGAGAUACCAGCGGGUGCCUGCGGCAUGGCCCAGGUCGGCAGGGACCAAGGGAGGUCUCCAGGUCAAGCCGAAGCCAACUUCAGCAUGACAGCAGGUUGCUUAGAGCCAGGUCCAGUGAGGUUCUGAGCAUCCCCCGGGUGAUUUCUCCCCCUCCAUGGGUUCCCAGUGAGUUACCGGCCUCAUAUGAAGAACUUUCUGCCUUAAUUUCAUCUUGAGCUAAUCAGACUUGUGCCUGCAGCAUGGCCAAGGACACUACUGUCAGAGCAACACCCCCAGACAUAGGGGAUGAGGGGCUGCCAGAGGGGAGUGGAUAACCCAGGGGCCAUGGACACCACAGCUCGUCAACAGGUACCACCCAGAGCACGGCCAGCCCCUGUGCAGGGCAAGUGAUGGCCUCUUGCUCCUCUCAAUUAAAGAAUUAACCUGC